UCGUUAAGUUUGAGCUCUGUAUUUAUUGGUAUUCACAUUGUUUAUCAGGAUGUCCUAUAAAUAUAUUAAUUUUCAUUUACAAUAAUACAUUGUACAUUAGGAUGUUCUAGAAAUGUGUGUUGGAGUGUUCACACUCGUCAGACGGUACCUUGAUUAAUGUUUUAUAGUAGCAAAUAGAUAACUAAAGUGUUAAUUAUGUUUACCAUUUUGUUUAAUUUAAAAUAGAUAACACGCUUGUAGAACCCCAACGAUUCCAGCAAGCUACCAACAAUUCUUUGAUACCUGCUAGCUACGUAAACACAGGCAUGGAAAAGGACUCGCCUAGUAACACAAGCAGUUUAAGAGAACCAAUGCACGAAAUGGACACAAAUGGACCUGGCAGUGACGGCCGAUCAACCCACGUGCUUCCACCAGAAUCACCUCCUAUUAGCAGUUUUGAUAUCAUAGACGACAUUUGUGUGAUCUGCAUAGACAUCGUCAGUGAACCCAAAAUACUUGACAAAUGUGGACACGUGUUUUGUUGUGGUUGCAUUGACAAGUGUUUCCAAGUCUUCAAGCCGGUCUGUCCCAUCUGCAACACCAUAUAUGGAGUGAUUAUUGGCAAUCAACCACCAGGUAGCAUGACGGUCAAACAUGAACCAUAUAGUCUGCCUGGACAUUCGGAUUGUGGAACUAUAAAAAUAAUGUAUCACUUUAACAGUGGAGUUCAAGGUCCUGAAAAUCCGAAUCCAGGCAGCCGGUAUCAUGGAACCACGCGUACAGCUUAUCUUCCAGACUCGCCCGAAGGAAACAAAGUCCUCUGUCUGCUGCAGAUAGCGUUCGAACGUAGAGUGACCUUUACGAUCGGCAUAUCAUUAACAACCGGACAAGAAGACGUCAUAACGUGGAACGACAUUCAUCACAAAACUCGUUGCGAUGGUAACGCAAAGGGAUUCGGAUAUCCUGAUCCAACUUACUUGUCCCGCAUCGUUGAAGAGUUGAAAUGUAAAGGAAUUACAGAAGCCGAUUUGUGAAUGCGAUUGAAGGAAGGAUUGCAGUACACAGUACAGUGUGUUCGUUCGUCCAUGUUGGUUACUAUGGAAGAUAUUAUCUCAAAGUUCACCCUGUCCAUUGCCAAAUUAGCCAUUUGCUUAUUUCUUCUUUUUUUUUUUUAAAUUUAGUAUUUGGCUAAUAAAAUGUUCUUUAAAUUAGCCACUGUUUGAAUAAUUAUCAAGAAAAAGAAACCUACAUAUCUGAAACCUGGCUAAAACUAAUUAUUUCCAACAUUAUUUUGUAAAAAUAACGAAAAACGGGCUUUCUUUUCCCAUGAGUUACAGAGUUGAAAAUUAGCGGUUGUCCGUGGCGAUCUUUAUUGGCUAAGGGCGACUAAGAAUUUUACAAAGGUAGUCCGUUGGGCGACCAUCGAUUUUAGGUACCAGUUAAAAAAAGAAACACACUAAAACUGAACCGAAUGUGACAAAACACACCAUGUAUGUGCUGGCGCAAACUAUUCUGACAGCAUAAGACAUAGAACAUGCUCUAUAUUUUGACAGCGCCUGACUCGGCAUCUGUGGCUUUGGGCCAGGUCAUUCUAAAAAUAGAACUCAAAACGUAUUGAAGACUCUGCAUGUAUUUUUUAAAAUCUGGAAGUCCUAGGCUUAUUGGAAUGGACUGGAUACGCCAUAAUUAUCUAGUACAGCUACUAUUUGAUAAUUUUUAUUGAAUGUUAUGGUAAGAAAGAAUCAUAUUUUAUUAGCUUGUAUUAUUCUGGGACAAAAUCAUAAUCUGUCUUGUACGUAGUUGCAACUUACACUAACGUGAGCGCAUGCGCACCUAUAACAAUAACAGUGAAUUUUCCAUUACUACUGGGCUUAUUCCAAAGGCCAGUCAAUUGAUUGUCGUUGACGGUAUCAUGCACGAAAAAACACGCACAGACACAUUAUUACAUUUUACAAAGGCAGAAAAUAUAAAUGUUAUGCCAUUGUCCGUUUGCGUCAAACGGGAACCAAUGAAUUUGCAUGUAACUUCGUAAUGAGUAAAGGUAAAAUUCAUAUAGGGGAAGCCAUGUGUUUUAGUACAUGACGUCACACAUCAGCCUGCACGCGCAUCUGGUAGGCAGAAGUCCAUAAUGGCCAGUACUCUUUUGACCCAUACAAUUUGACGAUUUGAUUAAGGCUAACAAACUUCCUCUUUUUUUUUC